CCCCCGGAAAUCAGAGACGCGAGCGGCGAAUCCCUAGCCCUGGCCCCGAAUCCCACCCGAAACCUCCGAGUUCGCUCGCCUAUCCGAUCCGCCGACCGCCGCCGCUGCUCCGUCGCCGGCGGCGGUUCGCGGCGCGGAAUCUACCUUCUGGUUGGGAGAUCCGGGGGGACUCCUUUAUCCUGGGCGUUCCGGGGCUCGAAUCUUGCGGCGGGCGGGCAAUGUGAGUGGUCUCCGUCGGAGGGCGACAAUCUGCGGCGCGGUUCGUGGGCGAAUCUUGCGGCGGCGGGGUUGCGCGGUCCGCGGGGAUGGAGCACGUGAUCGGAGGGAAGUUUAAGCUGGGGAAGAAGAUUGGGAGCGGAUCUUUCGGGGAGCUCUACCUCGGCGUCAACAUACAGAGCGGCGAGGAGGUGGCUAUCAAGUUGGAAUCUGUCAAAUCAAGGCAUCCUCAGCUUCAUUAUGAGUCAAAGCUAUAUAUGCUUCUCCAAGGGGGAACUGGGAUUCCUCAUUUGAAGUGGUUCGGAGUGGAGGGGGAGUACAAUGUCAUGGUCAUUGAUCUUCUUGGUCCAAGUCUGGAGGACUUAUUCAACUUCUGCAGCAGAAGAUUCUCUCUUAAAACAGUACUUAUGCUAGCUGAUCAGAUGAUAGCCAGGGUAGAGUACAUGCACACGAGGGGGUUUCUUCACCGUGAUAUCAAGCCAGACAACUUCCUUAUGGGCUUAGGCCGUAAAGCAAGCCAGGUUUAUGUCAUUGACUAUGGCCUUGCGAAGAAGUAUCGGGACCUCCAAACUCAUAAGCACAUACCAUACAGGGAGAACAAAAAUCUCACAGGAACAGCACGAUAUGCUAGUGUAAACACCCAUCUUGGAGUAGAACAAAGCAGGAGAGACGACCUAGAGUCCCUUGGUUACGUGCUGAUGUAUUUCUUGAGAGGAAGCCUUCCUUGGCAAGGCUUGAAAGCCGGCACAAAAAAACAGAAGUAUGACAAAAUUAGUGAGAAGAAAAUGCUAACUUCAAUAGAGGUAAUUGAUUUAUUUCGCACAAAGUUUUUUAACAAUCAUAAGUUACUGUUCUGUUGGAUUGUAAUCUAUUGCUGCCCAUGUUUUUCACAAUUUGUGCAGGCCCUCUGUAAAUCUUAUCCAUCAGAAUUCACUACAUACUUCCAUUAUUGCCGAUCUUUGCGAUUUGAAGAUAAGCCAGACUAUAGCUAUUUGAAGAAAAUCUUCCGGGAUUUAUUCAUCCGUGAAGGGUACCAGCAUGAUUAUGUCUUUGAUUGGACUGUAGCAAGGCAAGCUGCGGACAAUAACAGAUUGCGACUGAGUGGGAGAGGUGGGUUGGUGGGACCAUCGGCAGACCGGGCUGAGCGGGCUGCAGCGAGACAGGAUGUUCCGGAUAGAUUCCCCGGUCCAGUUGAUGCAUUUGGUAGAAGAACCGGCUCUGGUUCUGGCCAUUAUGGUGAACACACAAAGCACAGAUCUCUAUUGGAUACACUUUUAGCACCCAAGACGACUGUUGAUUCGGAUAGAAGGCGGCCUUCAUCGUCGCGGAAUGGGAGCACGUCAAGGAAGGCCCUUCUGUCAAGCAGCAGAGGCUCUGGAGAUCCCAGUGACCCGAAUCGCAGUAGCCACCUAGUCCCGACCAGCAGCGGCAGCAGCCGCCCAUCAACUAAUCUAAGGCUUCAUCAGUCAACAGGACUUGAGGGCAGGACCUCAUCAUUGUCGAAACCAGGAAGAGUCGUCCAUGAUGAUCCCACUAUGAGGAACUUUGAACGCCUUACUAUCAGUGCAGACAGGAGGAAAUGAAAUUUUUACUAUAGCAAAAGAUCUGAGCUGCUCUCACUUUGCUAUAGCGCCGAGAUUCAUUUGGUUCCAAGUUAUGCUUACUGAUGAGCAAGUUAAAUGAUUCUGUGCUAUACAUGAUGCUGUGAUCUGCACAUAACUAUACUUGUCAAAUCUUGGCACAGAUGAUUUGGGUUCUUUUAAUUCAGUGAACUGUUCUUUCAAAUGGCCACGGAAGCACACAGCACACCAUUAGAGGGACCCGGGAUUGGCUGCAGUGUUUAGCCAUGCGGGUCAAAAUGAUGUUAAUGAUGACUCUGAUAUUUGUAAAAUGUCAAUGGAAUAAAACGUUUCAGUACACUUGCAUUACCUUCGAA